UAGGCAGCGGGGCCUCCACCCAGUAUAGUCCUACUCUGCCCUUAGUGCAGGUCUACUAGUAGAGGCUAUUGUGACUUGAUUAAAGGAAAGACUUGAUUCAAGGGGUAUAGGCCCCUGUAUAUUGCUUGAAAGAGUGUAGGUCCCAGCUUGCCUGUUUCAAGAGGUUAGCGUCCCUUGCAGCCUCCCCGGCUGCCAAGGAAAUGGGAGGCAGCUGCCUCAGGGUGCCUGGACUUGCUUUCUUGCUCCUGCUGGUUUUGCCCCCUCUGCUGCCAAGCAGUGGGGCAUACCAGCACAGAGCCCCGACCUGGCUAGAUUUCCACCACCUCACUCGGGCCAGGAGAAGCCUCCCCAGCAACACCAACCUGGAUGGGGAGAGCACCCGCCAGGGCCACAGCCAGGACAUGGGGUCCAGGGAGAGGCUGGCAGAUCACAAGAAAUCCUGCCAGAGCAAUCUUGACCUCUAUUUAAUCUUGGACAAGUCAGGAAGUGUGGACACCAACUGGAUAGUUAUAUACGGCUUCGUAGAGGAUUUCCUCAAAAUGUUUCAAAACCCGAACAUGCGGGUCUCGAUCGUCACCUUCUCCACAAGGGGCCACACCGUCCUAAAGCUCACCUCGGACAAAAAAGAAAUCGAAGAUGGUCUCAACAAACUACGCAACACAGAGCCUACCGGAGCCACAAACAUGCAGGAAGGAUUUAAAGCGGUCAAUGAGCAGAUCUCCACAGUAAACUCUGGAGAAAAGAAAGUGCACUCCAUGGUUGUCUCCCUAAUUGAUGGAGCACUUUGGCCAGAGUCCUUUCAGGCUACCAAGAAUGAAGCUCAGAGGACUCGACAACUGGGAGGGACUGUUUACGUUGUGGGUGUCAACAACUACGUGAAAAAUCAGCUCCUGGCAAUUGCAGACAGCGAGGAGCACGUGGUUGGUGUGGACAGUGGAUUCUAUGAUCUCAGGAACAUCGUUGACUCACUCGCAGCUAAGGCCUGCAUUGAGCUUACAAGUGUGGGACCGACCGAUUACUGUGUGGGAGAAAACUACGAUGUAGGCGUCUUUGGAAGAGGUUUUCAUAACACCAAAAACAAAAACGAAGUUCUUUGCAGGUUUAAGAUAGUUGACACCGUAUUUUUUGAUGAAAAAGCCACCCAGGUGGAAGACACCAGCAUAAAGUGUCCGGGAGUGAAGAUAGAGGUACCAGCCAACAAUAUCUCUGUUGAAGUGAGCCUGAACAACGGUGCCAGCUUCAUCAGCAACGGGCUCAAGAUCAGCAUCAAGAACUGUGUGAGUCACAGGACCGGCCAGAGGACGCGCAUCAGCCCCUCAGGAGUCCCGCCGACGCACAGCUCGUCUGUCAUCAGGCCCAUGAGGAAAGUCCUCAGGAGAAACGCAGGGCAGGCCCAGGUACCACUGCCAUCUGCCGUUCCCAAUGUGGCGGCCGCAGGUUCUGGAAAUCAAGGCACACAGUUCCCCAACAUCAAUGCUUACCACUUGGCUGCAUGCAUGCUUGUACUACUAAUACCUCUGGUGAUAGUGUGCUUGUGGCGACUCUACCACAGAAAGAACAAGAUGGUGGUGAGUUGUUUUUUUGUUCCUGAUGCCCACACAGACUUCACAAACAGGCCUCCUGAGCUGUGGGAUGUCUCCAUUUCCCACCCCACCAUCUCCACCUACCUGGGCAGAGAGCUGGCAGAAAUCAGGCAACCAUGUGCACCAACAUGCCCCACGGUUGUAGUCCCUGGUGGUGGAUAUAACAACAUAAGACAGCUAGAGGACAAACUGGACACUCUGCGCAUGCAGAUCAUGUGCAAUUUUUUUCAAAACCGCAACCGGGGUCCAGUGAUGUGGUGUCAACCCAGGCGCAAGCCAUGUCCAUUAUUCAGGACCCGACGUGGCAGGAUGCGCGGAUACCCACGCUACUGCCAUCAACCCAGCCCAGAGUGAUUUUCCCUCAACUGCUGCUGGACGCGUCGCCCUUAUACCCAGUGCCGAUCUCCCCAAUUCAUGUGUUCCCAGCCCCCACAAUUGGUCUGCACCAGGCAGCCCUCCAGGAUGUGUCCAAUGAUCCCUGCCCCUAUGGGAAGAUGUGGUGGAAUCCCUUUGCCACUCCCAUUCUCAUAGCCCAGUCCCUAAAUCUUCCAAAUCCAAGAUUAAG